UGUCAUGUGAAGCUUUGAUUGUUUGCUUUACUUAUUUCUAACGUUUUUAUUUUUGACUCUUGGAGAAAUUUUAAUUAUAGAUACGUUAAAAUUAAUUUAAACGUUACAUAUAAUCAUAGCUACAUGUGUGGCGUUCCUGCAUUAACCCCUCUUCUCUCUAUCAAAAGUUUUAAAUCUUAUUUCUAUUUUAUUUUCGCAUAAAUAAAUCACGCGAAUCGUAAAUAAAUCUCGAUGUCUGUUUGUGAAUAAAAUAAGUGUUUAUCAGUGUGCGAGUGAAAUAUAAGAGCAGUCAAAUGUUAAUGGUUCCCGCGAUAAUUUCGAUGUUAGAAUCGGAUCGGGACGUACGCGCGAGGAGGGACUAUGUUGUUUAUCAGUGCCUUAGCGAUCGGGAUGGUGACCGGCUUGCAGAAUGUUACCACGGACGUUGCGGCGGUCAGUGACGUCACGGGGGCGCCGCGGCGCGAGCUGGCGGCGGAGGCGCCGAAGCCGGCGCCGCCGAGCCAGGUGGACAACGUGACGGUGCAGGAUCGGCCGUCGAUGUGGGACAUGUAUUUGAAUCCGUGCGGUAAAUGGCGGCCGAUAAACCACAUAUUUUUCCAAGUGGCCAAUGUAUUUUUCCUGCUGUCGUUCCUGGCGCCGCACACGCCGACGGGGCUGGUCUGGCUGCGCGUGGCGCUGGUCCUCGGGUGCACGUUCUCGGGGAUCUGGGCGUGGAGCAUGGAGUGCUAUCUGGACGCUGUGUUGUGGAACAGUGCAUUCGUAGCCAUAAACUUUGUGUAUUUUGCUGUGCACUUCUAUUUGAUGAGGCCAAUCAAGUUUCACAAAGACGUUGAAGAGGUAUACGUGGCCCUCUUCAAGCCGCUACGCGUGUCGAGGCGGCAGUUCCGACGGGUGCUCCGCUGUAUGCGGAACGUGCGCCACCUCAAGUGCCACGAGCUAUACGCGCACGAGAAGGUCACUAAAGUGGACAGUCUCUCCCUAGUACUGUCUGGCAAAUUAGUGGUGUCGCAGAACCAGAGGGCGCUGCACAUCGUGUUCCCGCACCACUUCCUCGACUCGCCGGAGUGGUUCGGCGUCUCAACCGAUGAGUACUUCCAGGUGUCGAUAAUGGCUAUGGAAGAAUCUCGAGUGCUCGUGUGGCACCGGGACAAACUCAAGCUUUCGAUCAUGUCGGACGCCUUCCUGCAGGCGGUGUUCGACCAUAUACUCGGGAGGGACGUCGUGCACAAGCUCAUGCAGGUUAGCGAAACGAUGGCAGUGAGCAACGGUCACCUGCCGAACAGUUUCGAAGAGGGCGAAGACAAGCCCAUGCUGGUCGUUAAGAAGAGCGGCGACGGGCCUGGCAUCACCGCGCUGCUCAACCGGCAGCUGCAAGCGAGCGACCCCAACGCGUGGCGCCUCGGCCGCAUCGAGGAGGCCGACCACGAGACGCCCGUGUGAGGCCGCGCCCGCGCCCCGCGCGCGCCCGGGCGCCGCCGCCGCUAGCCGCUGCAGGAAGCUGCACGGACGCUGAUAGUGCACUGUGAUAUUUACAGCUUUGCAAAAUAGACUAGAAAUUUACGGGCGACGUCCUAGAGUGUCGUCCCGUUUUCUCACAUAAAUUGAAAGAAAAGAUACUACGAUGUUGCCACUUUCUCAACUUCUACUAUUUUUUGCCGGGCUGUAAAGUUACUUACGGGUUGAUACAUAAUUUAUCUCUUUUCUGACGUUUCGCCGGGUUGCGCUGAGCGUGAUCACGGAAGACCACGGUCGUUGCGAGCCGGGUUCCCGAGUGAACCCCUCGUAUGCUUAAACACUGAUCCGUGCGUGUGAACUUUAAUCUAACGUUUGAAUGAUCAAAAUUGACGUGUCGCAUACGAGAGGUUAAAGGGUUCGCAAAUCUUACAAUCGACCCGUAAGUGAUUUUAAAUUCGUGUAAAAAACGCGAGAAUUUAAAGUGACGUGACGCAGAAUGUUGACCGAGGUUAUGACGAAGUGAACGCUUUCGCUGUUUUAAAUGGUGUAAAUACUUGAUGUGAAUAUGAAUAUGGUGACGGUCUAGUCGAUAUACCUCAAAAUAUUGUUCGAUGGCGCUACAUGGAUUAUACGAUGAACGGGUAUACACAAAGCGGGUUGCUCAGCCAAGCAAAACGUCCGUGCUGCCUCGGCCGAGGCACGUCCCACGUCUACACUGAACGUUUGCCGCGCGAGCACAUUGCCUGGCGACGUUCCUCGCGUUGUGUGGACCCAUGGGGCCGAUUUUUGAGUCUCACUGUCACUAAAAUACCGGUUGAAAACGGUGAAUUGCCUAUUAAAUUCAGUGACAAUUCUCUGAAUUCGAACGCCGUGAGACUCAAAAAUCGGCCCCCAGCUAAUGGUAUCUUUUCUGCUAAAGAAGUGAUUUAAACGGCGAACGAAGUCAAAUUUAAAUUACUAGUCAAAGAGUUUUACUUUAUGAUCUGACGGAAAAAAUAGAGAACGUAACAACAAUAUAAACUACGCGGCUUAUCACAUUUCUAGCAAAAAGGAAAACCAAGUUAGAUGACAUGAAAUUAUUGAUAUUAUUACUAUAGGGAUAGAUGUCAAAGAGCUGUAAAAACGUGUAAGAGCCAGCGCCAAAGACAAUGCUUUGUGGUAGUCAGUAGCCUUAGUGGACAUUUACACGGUGCAAGAACUCGCAUGCGAGUUCAUUACAUUGCGGUAUUUGAUUGGAGUGCUAAAUUAUACGUUGUCUCAACAUUUCGCAAUUCAACUAAAAUCACAUGCGGGUUAUCGUGCCGUCUGAAUGAGCCUUUAAUUAAGGCUUCUAGUGAGAACGCAGUGUAAAUGUAAAGUGAUAUGUGCGCUAUGGCUUGAGUAGUAAGAUCGGAUUUUGAAUAAGAUUGAAGAUUGGUAAUGUUUUAAUUCUUAUUUUUGAUUGAAUUUGAUAACACCCCCUUAAAAUGGUAAUCUGUGAUUAUUUGUAAAUUUAAUGUUGAUUGACUGAUUUCUUUUAUGAAAACUAUUUAGGUAUUGUAUCACCUUGAAAAGGAUUUGGUUUUGCGUCCAUUAUUUUAUAAAACAAUAGUAAUAAACUACAUAGAAAAUUCAAAUUAUUAUCUCAUCAAGCGCAAAGGAAUUUCCAUUAGAUUAUUCAAUAAUUUGAAGGGGAUUGAUAAUUUGGUGUAAUACUCUAGUAAUAAAAAAGGUUAUAAAGGUAUCUGUUCGGGUUUAGUAUUUACAUUCAUUCGAAGUAUAAGUAAUUGUUUUAGUUGUCUCAGGUUUUCGAUUAUCAGGCUAUUAUUAAAAUGAACCAAAUAAAGAUAACACAAGGUGAGUUAUUCAUGCAAAAUCUCAACUAUUUAUAGGCAUAUUUUUUGGCAGGGCUCAAUAGAUGUGUUAGAAGAAAGGUAGGUCAAUCAAACUUGGUUAAAAUGACACACUCCUGCAAAGACUAGGAUUUACGAUAAACAUAAUAGAAUAGGGGUGCGUAUUGAUCGAUAUAACUUUUUUUGAUAUAUUUUUAGUCGUUAUAACGAUAAUUUGAUAUAAUUAUUGAAUCAUAUAACAACAAAUAAUAUACUAACAAAUUGUAUAAUUCUUAUUUAAUAUAAUGA